AUGCUUUCUGGCUGUAUCUUUCUCUUAUCCUGGGCCUUCCCCGCCACGGCCGAACCAGCUCCAGAACGGCCCAGUUGUUCGCCCACCUUGAUUCCCGAUGGUUUGACCGACAAGCCGUCGAACAAUGGCGGCGCUCCGUUAAUUCUGAAGCCAUCUUGUAGUAAGCUGAACACUUCAAGCCACGCCGUCUUCCUGCGCGGCAAGCCUGGCGUUUCGCCUUUCGCCGAAUUCGGUGCUCUAGUUAAUGAUACAACUAUUACACCAGAGGGGAUUACAAUCAACGGCCUCAACGAUGGACAUAACGCCUUUACUGUGGUUGCUACUGAUAGACACGGCCAGAUCCUCAUGGGUAAUUUCAUGUUGCCGGUCGGGGGAAAUAAUACACCGCAUUCGGUCGUCGAGGAGUACGAGGGCAUCUUGUCCCGCACCAACCCAUCACCUUGCACAAAAUGCAGUGGUUGCGGCGCCUGCCCUGCAAGUCCAAUGUGCCAGCCAAGCUGUCAGAACCCUGACUUCGGAUCGUGCGAUUUCUACACAACUUGUGCUGAAGCCAGCCUUCACUGCGGGCCCUCGGGUUAUCCUAUUCGAUAUGGCGACAAGAUUUGUAAUCACUUUAAAUCUCGUAUGGGCGCCUUCUCAGAUCAAGGCCAGAGGUGGAUCAAUACCACCAUGAGCUGCCUGCAGAAAGCCUUGAUCGGACCGUUGACGGAUUGCGGUGCAACCUGCGAUGGAAUAACGGCGGCAGCCUUCGAUUCUCAUGCGCCAUGCUACGUUAAUAGUGGCGUUUGUGACUUGCCGCUGGGCGACUUGCUUCAGCUUGUCAUCACCUUAAAUACAGACCUCUUCGUUGGCCCGGCCAUGCAACAGAUCUUGAGUACGGUGAAGGGCUGCGCGGCUCAUUUUAUCGGUGGAAUAGAGGCGGGGGUUUUGGAGUUGAAGCAACCAAUCAUCAAGGACAAACGUUACGCACAGGACCAUCUUGCUAAAGUUGUUAUACUUGAAGGCGUAAAGAAGCAAUUACUAAAGUAA